CGCGUCGCUUGCAACUGCCCCAGCCUUAUCUUCUUCGCGUCCACACGUUCGUUCCCACUCCUUUCCACCUCCCUUGAUGUCAAACGCGGGAGAGGAGGCAUGGCGCUGCAGCAUGAAGGAGGAGGCCGGAGCCUGGCGCCGCUCGCCGGAGGCGGAUGCCGCCCAUCGUCGAAGGAAGUCGCGUCUUCGUGGAUCUCGCCACGGUGGCGGAGCUACAAUGCAGCACAAGCAGCGCCCCGACCCCGUGGAGCUCGCCGGCGGCGGUACUGCUUGGCUGCAAGGGAGCUCUCGCCGGCGGUUGCGCUCGCGACGGCUGUUGAAGCCGUAGUGCUUCAACGCAGCAUCCGUGGUGUUGCCCGCUGGCGACGAAGCUUCGACGCAACAUCCAUGGCGCUGCUUGCCGGCGACAGAGCUGCAAUGCAGCAUCCAUGGCGCUGCUCGCCGGCGGCAGAGCUGCAACGCAGCAGCGAUGGUGCUUCAACGCAGCAGCCAUGGCGUUGCUCGCCGGCGACGAAGCUUCAAUGCAGCAUCCAUGGUGCUCGGCCGGAGUUACAAUCGAGCUUCGACGAAGCGUCGGUGCUGCGUUGGAGCUCGGUCGGAGUUGCAACAAAGCUUCGCCGGAGCCGUUGGAGCUUUAUUGGGGGUGCAAUGGAGCUCGGCUGGAGUUGCAAUAGAGUUCGCCGGAGCGUCGUUGCUGCGCUGGAGCUUCGUCAGGUUGCAAUGGAGCUCACCGGAGGCUGUUGGUGCUGAGUUUGAGCUUCCCGCGGGGCUGCAAUGUCACUGCGUUGAAGCUGUCGCUCUCGCUGCUGCCUGUUUGUCGUACACGGAGGAGCAGAACCAUGGUCGUGAGGAACGGCAGCGUGCCGGUGAGCCCGCAGCGGCGGCUCGUUGCAUGGCGGCAGUUCGCAGCAGGCAAGGCGGGUCACAGCAGGGCCGGGUCAGCGAGGGCUAGCUCAGAGGUAGGGCAAGGAGAGGCUCGACGGUUGAAGGUGCGCCGGCGAGGCCCGACCAUAGAGGUCAUGGCAGAGGCGGAAACAACCACGCCGGUGAGACAAAGGCCACAGCGUGUCAGCGCUGGUCCGGUACAACUGAUAGUUGCGGUCUUUUUUUUCAGAAGCACGCAAGGACAACCCGGAGUCCAUAUCCUCCUUGGUCGUAGAUAACUUUCCACUUUUUUUCUUUGCAACUUGUACUGGUUUGACUCGGAUACGGGCAUGACUUGAUACGCCCACUACAGUCGACGAAAUCGAUAUGUUCUUCAUCUCGGCGGAUUGUAAGUCGCCGCAGUUACCGUUAAGCUCCACAUAUUGUAAAUCUAAAUUGAUGAACUUGAAGCUUGAAGCU